UCAUCUGGUUUUUUUGUUUGAUUCAACCAUUUUCGCGGUUUCAAUUUUGUUCAAUUUUUUCAUCCAUUUUUUUGAAAUGAUUUAAAAGAUUUUUUUUCGUUUGUUUGUAUCGAUAACCACCGAGAAUCACAAAUGGAACUUGAAUGAAUCAAAACCGAUCGAUUGGAAAAAAAAUUGAAAACAAAACAAAACAAUCAAAAAUGAAUUGUCAGAAAUUGUUUCAAGAUUUUAAUUCCAGUAAAUUUGUCGUCUAUACAUCAUUGUUAAUAUUUUCAAUAUUAUUUGCACUGCGUUUAGAUCAAACAAUUAUGAUCUCAUGGUGGUUAAUAUUCACACCAUUAUGGAUAUGGAAAUUUUUAGUUAUUUUCGGUGCAUUAAUUGGUAUUAUUGUUUGGAUUUUCAAUCCAGAAUAUCGUCUAUCCGAAUCAUCAUAUACUCAUUUUAAAUCAAUGUUAAUCAGUCUUUCAUUACAAUUAUUAUUAUUAAUGUUUGAAUUAUUAGUUUGUGAUAAAUUAGAAUCGGAUCGUCAUUUUUGGACAUUAACAUUUAUACCAUUAAUAUCAAUAUCAUUAUUAUCGGUUGCCGUAUCAAUUUGGUCAUUAAAAAAUGAACGUGAUUUUGAAUUAGAAUUAUUCUGUUCAGUAAAUAUAUUACAAUUUAUAUUUAUUGCAUUACGUUUGGAUCGUUUUAUUAUUUGGUCAUGGGUUGUUGUAUUUGUGCCUUUAUGGAUUCUAUUAUGUUUAGCAAUUAUUGGCGUUCUAUAUGCAUUAAUAUUUGCUGUUAUAUUAUUUCAUACACCUGAAGUAUCAUUAGAACAACGUAAAGCAAGUUUUUAUACAGCAAUUGCAUACAUAUUGAUCGUAUUACCAUUAUUGAUAUUUUUCGUCCUGCUAUCAAGUAAAUUAGAUUCAAAAGAAUUUCUGGAUUAUUUUUCCAUUUGUAUACCAUUAUAUUUUACAUUAUCAAUAUUGAUUUGUAUGUCAUUCAGUUCAAAAGGUGGUAAUCUAUGGUGGUUUGGAAUGCGUAAAGAUUUUUGUUCAUUUCUCUUGAUCCUAUGUCCUUGUUUACGUGAAUAUGCAAAUAUUUCAUAUAAUUUAGAAUCAUCGAAAACUGAAGAUUCUUCAUCAUCGUCUUCAUCGUCAUCUUCAUCAUCAUCAUCGUCAUCAACGGCCACAGAUUCAUCAUCAUCAUCAAGGCAACAACAACAACCAGCUACUAAAUCUUAUCUACAUUCACCAUCCGUAUCGCCUUCAUCCAUUGUUGAUAAAUCAAUAAUAAAUGUUCAAACAAUUCAAAAUCAAUCACCGAUUCCAUCGAUCAAUAGUAGUAGUGUUGGUGGUAAUAAUAAUCGAAAAAAUACAAUGGCCUGUGAAAUGUGUAAUAAUUAUGAAAUACAACUACAAGAUAUACAAUAUCGUGAAGCAGUUUUAAAUUUAAAAAUUGUACAAUAUGAAAAAAUACAAAAACAAUUAAAAGAUGAUUUGAAAAAAGAACAAACAUUCCGUACGGAAUUGGAAGAAAAAUAUAUUGAUGAAACAAAAUGUUUUGAAAAUAAUAUUAAAGAAUUAAGCACACAGGUAGAUUAUGGUCGUCAAAAUGUUGAAAAAAUGAUUAUAAAAUUUAAUAAAAUGGAAAAACGUGCAAAUGAUUUAGUUGCGGAUUUGAUCGGUCAGAUUGAAUUAUUGAAAAAAGAAAUUCAACGUUUAGCAAUGGAUAAUGAAAAAUUGUUAGGUCGUCAUUUAAAAAAAUCACAAGAAUUAUCAUCCGAAUCAAUAUCAUUACCCGAAGAUCAAGAAUCAUUACAAUUUUAUUGUUUACAAUUACGUGAAAAUCUUAUACAAGCAAUUUAUAAUCGUGAACAUUUAGAAGAAACAUUACGUUCGGAAAAUAUGUUCUUAAAAGAACAAUUAAUUGGUGAACAACAAUCCCGAGAGAAUAUUGAAGAAAAUUUUUCACAUGAAAAUGAAAUUCUUUCAGCAAAAGUACAAAAAUUUGAAUCGGAAUUAAUGGAAAAAAGAAAACAAAAUGAUGAAUUACAAGUAGAAUUGGAUUUAUUGAAAAAUAAUUUCAAUGAUUUAUCAUUACAAUCAUCAAAUCGUAUCAGGAAAUUAGAGGAAAAAGUUAAUGAAUUAACAGCGAUUAAGACAAAAUCCGAAACGGAUUUAGCAACAUUACGUGCCAAAGUACAAAGUCUGCAAAUAGAUCUGGAUAAUUCCGAGCAAGUACAACGUGAUUUUGUUAAAUUAUCACAAUCAUUACAAGUACAAUUGGAAAAAAUUCGUCAAUCAGAUACUGAAGUACGAUGGCAACAUGAAGAUGAUAUCAGCGAAUGUAAUGGUUGUAAAAAAUCAUUUCAUUCACGAAAGGAAAAGAUAAAUUGUUCACAUUGUGGACGAAUAUUUUGUCAAGAAUGUUGUUCAAAAUCGAUACGUAGUGGACCUAAAAUGCGUACAUUUAAAGUUUGUCAAGUAUGUCAUACAUUAUUGGAUAAUCAAACUGCUUGUUGGUUUGUAAAUGAAGCACCACAAAGUCCAACGUGAAAAAAACUAGCGAGAAAAAAGUCAAAACAAACCUGGAACGGAAAAAAAUCCAAUAUCAAAGCCAGCAAACUUGUGAUCAUUAUAAUUAAUCAAUUAACCCUUUACUUUCAUCCAUGGAGAGAAUUGAUUGAUUAAUUUCAGCAACAAACAAG